GGAUGUUGUUAAUUUUAGCAGCCCUGAUCCAGGGUCUGGUGGGCACGACAGUGUUUGAUUUUGAAGUGGUGGAUAUUCAUGGGAAGAAUCUGAAACUGUCCCAGUAUUCCGGCAAUGUUACUGUCAUGGUCAACGUCGCCAGUUUCUGAGGUUUAACCCCAUCCAACUACGUACAGCUACAACAACUACACGAGAAAUAUUUUGAUCAAGGGCUCAGGAUAGUAGGUUUUCCAUGCAACCAAUUUGCAGAACAGGAACCUAAGACUGAGGCAGAGAUCUUAGAGUUUGUUAAGAAAUAUAACGUUACAUUUCCUCUUACCAGCAAAAUCAAGGUGAACGGUCCGGAGGCUCAUCUUCUUUGGAAAUGGCUAAAAUCACAAAUAUCACGUGAUACUGGUGAAACUGAGAUAGACUGGAACUUCACUAAGUUUCUUAGUAACAGAAGAGGGGUUCCUGUAAAAAGGUUGGAACCAAGGGAGGAACCAUUAACAAUGGAGGAAGAUAUCAUCAGUCUUCUUUCUGAACACCGUUUAACCCCAACCAACUACGUAGAACUACAACAACUACACGAGAAAUAUUUUGAUCAAGGGCUCAGGAUAGUAGGUUUUCCAUGUAACCAAUUUGCGAACCAAGAACCCAAGAGCGAGGCGGAGAUUCUUGAAUUUGUCAAGAAAUACAACGUCACAUUUCCUCUUACCAGCAAAAUUAAGGUUAACGGUAAUAAAGCACACCCUCUGUGGAAGUGGCUGAAGACAAAGAUAGGGGGCUGGUUCGGAGAUGAUAUCAAGUGGAACUUCACUAAGUUUCUCAGUGACCGAAAGGGUAUUCCUUACCAAAGGUACGGCCCACAAGAGGCUCCUUCCACCAUGGAAGACGAGAUCCUCAAGCUUCUAGCUGAGACCUCUUAGAUCCUUCCCUCUCUGGGUCGUGAGAAUGUGAACCUCACUCUCUCUAUCGUGGCCUUGAUACUUUUAAUAUUUUCUUGUUUAGUUGAAAGACUUAUCUACGGCACGUUGAAUCUGUCCUUGCUUGGCUGAAAGGAACUUGUAUAUAAUUUUCGUAGUUGGGAUUAUGUACUGUAUUCUCUUCAGCCGAUCUUUUUUAUGACGGUCCAUCUUAAACCAUUUUCUGGAGGUUAGGCUUGAUGUGGAGAUUUUGUUGAGACAGUUUUUAACAUGUUGUAGCAAUAGUGAUAUUAUUAUUACAUUUUAUACGUUAGAUAAAACAAUGCAUUUUACUGUUUGGUUUAACUAACAUUUUUUUAAAUCAGUGGCAAAAAAUCAAUGAAAGUUGUCAAUAGGCAGUGGUUUGACGGAUGAUGAAUAUAAAAUAAUUAUUGUCGGCUUUAUUUCUCAGUUUCUAGGUUUAA